GAAAAUACUGGACCUAUCUAUUCACAUCAGUGGACUAAUAUUGCGCCUACCGGAGGUUUGGAAUGCCAGGAAAAUAGAACCUCUUCUGGGUGUGGUGGUACGACGGAAUACGGACCUUCGGAAUUCCCUCUGGUGAACUCCUUGGACUCAUAUUCCGGUAGCACGGUCCAUGUGUACUUACGGACAAUGGAGUCCGUAAUCACGAUCGAUCCUGAGAAGUUGCAGGAUGGCAAGGCACUGCCAACCACAAGGACCACACCAUUUGAGCUUUGCGGUUCUCCGCCCACGAGCCUCAGUUCCACGAGUAGUCAAUCUCCGGGCUAUUGCAGUAAUUUUUCUUCCAUUCUCCUCGAUUCCAGUGUGCUUCUAGAAGAGGAUUCCGAUCUGUACCGACGAAUCAACAAACUUCCAGUACGAUCAACUGCCUCGCCGGUCAACGGGUUUGCUCGACCUUCGCUCGAUGGACUCCAGUUAGGCGGCUCUGUGAAUUCAGCUAGACGCCGCCCUGGACUGGAUAUUACCACCGAAGAUAUCAUUUGGUUGAGUGAACUAGGACGUGGCAGUGGUGGGGUUGUGUCGAAAACUCAACACAAGGCUACCGGCAUUCUUAUGGCCAGGAAGACAUUUGAGUUGGACAUAAAAACGGCCGUGCGGGCGCAGAUUUUACGGGAUCUUCAGGUAAGGGUCACUCACCUUUUUGCAUGGGCUAUUAAUUUGAUGUCCGUUCCUCUCUCAGGAUAUAAAUCGAAGCCACCUACGAGUUGCCCCUACUGUCAACCGGAAGUCUGGACAUGUUUUUUUCCAUCUUGUUUCAGAAAUUUGAAGCCAUCCAACAUUCUACUCAAUCGAUCUGGCACCGUGAAACUUUGUGAUUUCGUCGUGAGCCUCCCAUUGUCGGAGGCCCUGGCCAGCGCAUUCCUCGGAUUACGGACCUAUAUGGCACCGGAACGCUUGACAGGGGACCCAGUGAACCCGUUGAGUGAUGUCUGGAGUCUUGGUCUCACGCUAAUGGAACUGGCGAUCGGGCGAUAUCCGAUUCCCACAGUGGACGCCGUGGAUUUCGUGCGGACGUUUGCUCCCGAUUUGGAAUCAAAUAUGAUUGAACACUGGAGAGCGGCAAAAACGGGAGAACCACUUCAAGCUCUCGACGAAACCCCAUGCCAACAUAUGAGUGUUUUCGAGCUGUUCGCCUGCAUUGUGGAGAAGCCAGCUCCAAGACUUCCAGCCUACUGUUUCUCACGGGGUUUUAUACAGCUGAUUCAUUCUUGUCUCCAGAAAGAACCAUGCGAUCGAAUGAGUAUAGAGUUGCUACGAAGCCACCUUAUCCCACCGCUGCUAGAAUUCCCCGAGAAGGAUACCUACAGUCGUGCGACCCCGAUCAAACACGGAGAGGAACGUUUGGAUAAAGAUUUGGACACCAAUAGUUGCGAGAUUUCAGUGGAACGCUACUUACGAGGGAUCUUUGCGUAUGAACAAAACGAAGCGAUCAAUGCGUUUGUUUCCGCUGUGGGAGAUGAAUUAGACGCCAUUGACGCGGAUGUAUCUAGUACUUUGUCGUUGAAUUUGCCAUCCACAGGGCAUCUUCUGGAACCCUCUGAAUAGAAUCACAAGUCGCAACUUUUUUUAAUUUCACCGGCUGAUCUUGUUGCGAAAUCAUCAUUGUGAUGGUCACUUUUUUAUAUUGAUUAUUUCAUCGAAUAAAUCAUCUUAUUUUGC